CGUCCAUCUGAAAAAUAGUAAGUUGAGUUGUGACUUCCUUAAAAAAAGAAUGAGUGUCUGAUGGCCUUACCAGUACUUCAUUCAGAUUUUCAAACUAGCAGUUUUGUGAUAUGUUAGUCAAUUUGGUGAAAAUCAACAAAUGGCAUGCAUUAAUUAACUAACCUACAGAUUUGGACCUUGUACAAUGUUUGAUUGUGAACAAUGUGUUUUGGCAUAAAUUUCUACCUGAUGAUCUAAUUAUGUACAUCUUGGAUGAGGAAUGAGUGUGUAUUAAAUGGAGAUGAGCAUAAUAAUGGAACAAAUUUUAUCUUAAUGAUAGUUUUGAAGGCAUGCAGGAGCAACUGUAGAAUAACUCACAUAUUUGUUAAUCUUUUGAAUGUGGUUAGUUGUGUUAGUGAAGUUCACCACAAGCACAUUCACCCUACACCCUUCAGCGACAAUCGUCCUAGUGUCCCACCUACAACUGUACAACAAAAUCAUGUAAGGGACUUUGCAUCAGAUAAGCACCAAUUCAAUGAUAACAAUUUUUGUCAUAUACAUUCAAUUUUUGAAAGGGAAGAAAAGCAGUAUUUGUGCUUGACUGUUUUCAAAAAUUCUAUCAAGACAGUUCCAUUUUAUCAGGUAAUGCAAUAAAAUAGAAAGCAAAAAGGAA